AGAAUGUCUAGUGGUACGGCUGAUAAACUGGGGCUAACACGGGCGGUGCUGUGCAACGAUGACCUCGCUAAGAAAUUAGAAGAAUUCGAGAGAAAUGCUAAGUUUUACAAGGAGAUGAUUGUCAGGUCCCAUUAUCUUCUGCUGGAUUUCAAUGCAGUGUGUGGAGUUUACAAAGGAAUGGGGGACCUAUUCUCACAGAUUGCAGUACGUGAGAAGUGUGCUGCUAACGAAGCGUUUACUAUAUUCGCAGACACACACAGAAACUACCACAAGGCUGGCACUGAGUUCCAGAAGAAAGCUGCACCUAUAAUGAACAAGUUAGGAACUUAUCUUCACAAAGCAGUACCUGACAUGAGACUGACUAUUAAGAAGUACGCAAACGCAAAGUUUGAGUAUCUUGCUUACUGUCUCAAGAUAAAAGAGAUGGACGAUGAGGAGUACACUUUCAACUCAUUAGACGACCCACUGCCCCGCGUAGAGGAGGGUAACUACGAGUACAGAGUUGUACUGCGGUGUCGCGCGCAAGCUCGCGCGUACUUCCUACAACUCCGCAGCGACGUCAGAGUCAAACUUCAGCUCCUCAACUCAAAGCACGUACAAGACCUGACAGUGCAGCUAGAACAGUGGACUAAAGUACAACUAGCUUAUUACGAGGAGGCUGCCGCUAUCUCCGACAAGGCUAACGUCUUCCCAAUAGACAUAGACCUGAGCACUGUAGUGGACGCUCAAUAAACAUCCUGACCAUAGCCAACUGUUUAUAAGACUUAUUGUAAGAAGUACGGGGUCAUGUUUAUAAGAUACGAAUUAAAAUAUAGGUCAUGUUUAUAGAAAUGAUUCUGUUUACAGAAGACGACUCACGAGAAAUUUCUUGUACUG